AUGUUUUUCCCAAAAGCUCUUCUCGCAGCCGUUGCUGUUGCUCGCCUGGCCUCCGCACAGGUCGUUAACCCAGAUGAUGUGGAUAAAACUACCAGAGAACAAUGGUGUUUGGCCCAGCAAACCUCGUGCCCUCUGAUCUGCCUCCAGCUCCCGGGGACCUCAGAGACCCCUUCAGCAAACGACUGUGAUGCUGAUACUCUUACUUUUGACUGCACCUGCAGCAACGGCAAGACCCCCAACGCAACCGAAUACUCUCAGACCAUCCCAUACUUUAUCUGCACAGAAUCCAACAACAUAUGUGUCAAGAACUGCAAUGGCGACCAUGCUUGCCAGUCUGCCUGCCGUGAAGAUCACCCAUGCGGUGCUCAGAGUCCCACUCCACCAAACUCCACCGCUAAGCCUACCAUGACAGCCACCCAGACCACCAGCACCUCUGCUACGAGCGGUGCCGUCUACACCGGAUUCGGCGACGGGUCUGCUUCUGCUACCGACGAGCCAAAGAAGGGAAUGGCAGGCCCCCAGGCUCUCCUGAAUGUCGGCCAGAUGUAUGGAAUGGUUGUCGUGGCAUCCGGUUUCCUUGCUGGAUUUGCUCUUCUCCUAUAA